CAAGUGCACAUUCGGUUCGAACAGUUGAAUCUGUAACCGUAGGAGCUGCUCACGGCAAGGAGUUCGACUCGCAUAAUCAAGGAAGCUCUCCUUGGAAGACGUUCUUCGCCCCUGACGCGCGGAAAGGGGGGUGAGACUGGCUCCGCGGAUCCUCCAGGAGCAGCGGCCCACUGAAGGUCCUUCGAGGUCCUUCGACGUCCUUCGAGGAGAAGGAGGAGGAGGACUUAACCGUCUUGCCGUUCGCCAGGUCGUGAAGCGCAGCCAGGAGUGGGGGGAGAGGCUCGCGCACCGAAGAUGGUCCUGGACGUGGCCGACGGGGCGCGCCGCGCGCUGACGGCGCAGUGGCUGCGCAAGAAGCUGUUCCAGCGGCUGCCCCUGCUCGCCUGGCUGGCGGCCUACAGCCUGGAGGACGCCGUGUCCGACCUGGUGGCCGGCGUCACCGUGGGGCUCACGCUCAUCCCGCAGGCCAUCGCCUACGGCAUCCUCGCCGGCAUGGGCCCGCAGUACGGCCUGUACUCUGCCUUCGUGGGCAGCCUGGUGUACGUGGUGUUCGGCACGUGCAAGGAGGUGGUGGUGGGUCCCACGGCCAUGCUGUCGCUCAUCGUGCUCAACUACACGCGCGCCUUCAACACGGACAUGGCCAUCCUGCUGUGCUUCCUCACUGGCUGCGUCGAGAUGCUGUGCGGCCUGCUGCACCUGGGCAUCCUGGUGGAGUUCCUGUCGGCUCCCGUGGUGGCGGGAUUCACGUCCUCGGCGGCGCUCAUCAUCGGCAGCCUGCAGCUGAAGGGCAUCCUGGGACUCAAGUUCGAGUCGGAGACCCUGCUGGACAUCUGGACCAACAUCGCGCGCCGCAUCGGCGACACCAAGCUGCACGACCUGGCGCUGGGCGCGAGCUGCGUCGUCGUGCUGCUGCUGAUGCGGGCCCUCAAGGACGUGAACCUGAGCGGGAAGAUGCCCGUGUCGCGGCAGAAGCUGCUCAAGAAGAUCCUGUGGUUCGUCUCCGUGGGGAGGAACGCGAUGGUGGUGUUCGCCUGCUCCGCCAUCGCCUACUACCUGCAGACCAUCGGCAUGAAGCCUUUCGCCCUCACAGGCCACAUCGACGGCGGGCUCCCCCAGGUGCUGGUGCCUCCGUUCAGGACGACCGUCGGCAACACGACUCUCGAGUUCCUGGACAUGUGCAGCGAACUGGGGAGCAGCAUCUUCAUGGUGCCGCUCAUCUCGCUGCUGACCAACGUCGCGAUCGCCAAAGCCUUCACGACGGGGAAGGUGCUGGAUGCGACGCAGGAGAUGAUCACCCUGGGACUGUGCAACGUGGUGGGCUCCUUCAUGCAGUCCAUGCCCGUGACGGGUGCCAUAUCCCGCAGCGCCGUCAGCCACGCCAGCGGCGUCAGGACCACCAUCGCCGGCAUAUACACAGGUGUGAUGGUGAUCCUGGCGCUCAACCUGCUGACCCCGUACUUCUACUACAUCCCCAAGGCGACCCUCUCGGCUGUCAUCCUCUGCGCCGUGAUCUUCAUGGUGGAGAUCUCCUUGAUGCCCAAGCUGUGGAGAGCGAAUAAGAGGGACGUGUUGCCGGUCGCCGUCACUGUGCUGGCGUGCAUGACGAUCGGGGUGGAGAUGGGCAUCCUAACGGGCAUCGCCGUGGAGCUGCUGUUCCUGCUCUACUGGACCGCCCGGCCGAGCGUCGCCGUGGAGAAGAAGAGGACGUCGUCGGGGCUGGAGUACGUGCUGGUCGCGCCCUGCUCCAACCUGCUGUUCCCGUCGGUGGACUUCCUACGACGCGCGGCCUUGAAGGGCUGCGGCGACGAGGCGUCGACGGCGCCCGUCGUGGUGAGCCUGCGGCACGCGCGCCGCGCCGACUACACGGCGGCGGUGGGGGCGCGCGACGUGGCGCGCGACGGGGCGGCGCGCGGCCGGGCCGUGCUGUUCGUCGAUGUGGCGCCCGACGUGGCGAGGGUGCUCGCCUCCAUGGGGCUGGUGAUCGUGGACGGCGAGCAGGAGCUGGAGUCCAAGCUGGCGGGAUUGAACAACCCGCUGUCAGGCGAAGCGAAGCUGGACAUGGGGACAGCCAACGGCCAGGCCAUGAUUCCGGACGAGACUGUGGAGUCCUUCCUGACCAGACUGUGACGACAAACCCCUCUCCCCCCCCCCUGACACCGCAGGGGCUACCACGCGCUACGUCAAGACUGCCGCUCACACGUCGGAGGACGUGCUACUGCCGAUUCGAGCCGCGCGGAUUGUAAACAUGGGAGCGGCCAAUCCGUAGCGACAAAAAAAAAAAACGAACAGGUGUUUAAAUUUCGCUAAAAAAAAGAAAGAAAUAAAUAAAAAUAAAAACCUAGCGCGCUUAACGCCACCGCGUGCUAUUCCCAUGUGUAGGUGUGUGUGUGUGUGUGUGCGUGGUUUCAUUUUGUUUGAAGAGUUUAGAAGAGUUUUGAAGAGUAUUAGAGCUCCCCUUUCGAGCUCGUGAUCUCUCCUGGUAGGGAAAGUGAAGUUCGACUCGAAAACCGACCACGAGACAGUGAAAAAAAAAAAAAAAAUUUCAUUUACCGAAUAACAAGAACUCCUGAUUGGCUACGGGGUUCCGCCAAUCAAAAGACUUGCGUGGUAGAGGCUGAUGGCAAGCGAUGCAGCGCGGAGACUCGGAGUGAAAAGAAAAAAAAACCAUUUUUUUUAUUACCAUUUUGGAUUAAACUGUUUUAAGGUCAUAAGAAUCUAUCAUCAUUUACUAUUAGAAACUUCGAUUCGCAUAAAGACAGUUAGCAUACUGCAGGAUAUAUUUUAAGGUACAAACUUACGUGAUAAAUGAUAAUUAAAAUGUCUGCAAGACUGACAGAAAGAAUUUAAUUAGUUUAAGUGACAGAAAAAGCUGAGAUCAUAAUUGGAAGGGGGAUAAAAGUUAUAAUUAUUAUCAUUCAAUUAAGAUUAACGCAAAAAGAAACCAACAAAAUGGGUACAUUCUAUGAAUGAAUUUUGCAAUAUAAGCGACAUAACAGUCUCAUUAGCGUAAGUACAAAUAUGAUAUAAAUGAGUCCACACAAAUACAUUCAUGUAUAUUCAUAUGAAUGGAUUCUACAAUAUGAAUUUAUGAAUAUUAACUUUAAAAAAAAAAUUAUUUCUGCACUUUUUUAUUUCCUUCUUUACGCACAAUCAAGCAAAUAACCUCAUACUCCACCGAGGUAGAACUAUGAAGUGAAGGGAAACACAAAUAGUUGUAUGUGCCGUUGGUGCACCACAACACACUAAUUAAUCGUGGGCUUAGUGGAAAAAGUCGGUAAGUCCAAUUUCUGGAAAAAGACUGUUAGUACACUUACCAAGUUUUGCUUGCCUAGAAUAGCGUUAUAAUGGACUUUCCGAAAUAAAGCUAGAAGAAAACGUCCACAAUCAUUCAUUAUUUGGACUUCCAAACGUUUUCUUUGCGAAGAUAUUGCCCUUACAACUUCAUCUGUGAAGUUAACUCAUUUUCACAAAAAAGUGGACUUACCAACUUUUUCCACUAAGCCCACGAAAUAUAUUCAUUAAUUUCAAAGAGUAACUUUAGCUUAUACUGUUUUAAGUGAAGUGAUUCUUAAAAAUAAUGAUGAAAUACUGAAUGGAAAUUACUUAAUACAAAAAACAAUAUUAGUUGCAUUGUUAAUUUAAAGCAUUCAGUGUUUAUAUGUAUUAAAACUGAACAGUUUUUUUCAAAAAAUACUAUAUUAAAAUUUUCAUUACUUGUAAAACUGUUGAAUAAACCAUAGAAUGUGUCACUAGCCGUAACGGUCUCUUAUGGGACAUUCAGGCUAGACACUAUUAUUUUAUUUGUGUGAAGUCGGCAACACUGCCUCUCCAAAUGUAUGCUUUUAUAUUUUGAGUGAAUAUGUCAAGAUAGAGCAAUAAAAAUGUAAAUGAUUUUCUA